AUGGAGAUCGCAAUGUUGACCCCCGUUGCGGACUUUUGCCGCUUCGAAGAGUUCCCCGACACCUCCUUCGACGCCUUCGUUGACCCGGACUCCCUUUUCGACCUCGAUUCGUACUUUCACCUUGACGCCUGCGCCGAGGGGCUGGCUCCCGGGGCAGCAGCAGCGACGACGGAACAGCUGCAGCAACGACCGCAACAGAUGUCGAAACCAAGCACCAUAUCUGAUGGUCUGCCGACCAACCGGCUUUCCGAUCUCGAGUCUCUCUUCGGCGACGCCACUUGGCCGACGACGCCUCCGGCCUCAACAGUAAGCCCCGCCCAGCUAAUGCUCACACUACCCGGCAAGCCAUCAGACAAGACUACACAGCAGCAGCAGCAGCAGCAGCAGACCCUCGUGCUGCCGAGCAUUGAACCAACGCAGCUCGGGGAGGACAACGACGGCUUCGAGGCCCUCUUCGCCGAACUGUCCGGCCCAAUCGCCGACGCCUUUCAGCUGCCAACCGCGGCCACAACGCCCGUCCAAGACUGCGGCUCCCUCCUCACCUUCCCCACCGCGUCGUGGCCUGCGGGCGAGACCAAUAUCGUGUUCGAGUGUAAGCUAGAGGCCGGCGCGGAGGAGCUGGAUCUCUUUGCCCCUCAACCUCCCCUCUGUGACACACUUGGUACCUUUGACUCUUUUGACUCCUUUAACGUCUUCAAUACCCCCUUCCCCGAGAUCGAACAUAAGCACUCUUCUUCUCCGGCUGGUUUCUUUCAGACGUCCACCCAAGGCAGCCGUAACCUGUUGCACGCCCCACCUACUCCGCCGCUUGCCCAGUCGACCGAGUCUUUCGAGUCCUUGUUCCCCGAUUUAGCAUCAGUCUCGGCCGGCGAGAUCCCUUUCACAUUCGACGAGACCUCGGUAGAUUUGUUUUAUUCCCUCCCUCCAGUCGUGUCUCUGACCGCUCCGCAGCUGGAUGUCCCCCGCAGCGUCCCCUUCGCCACCGCCAGUAGCACGACCAAGCUCGUGCACCCGAAGCCCAAGUCGCCCAUGUCUGCCAGCUUCCUCCGUGGACGCAGCGAAUCCCUGGCGGAUGUCACGCCAUCCAGCAUCCUCGACAGCCAGGGCCUUCUGGAUGUCGCUGCCGUCUCGGCAUCGUACAUGACUCCAGCUCCCACCCCUACAAGGGACAUUGUAACGCCGGUAGUGGAUGGCAAGGUCCUGAAGCGCAUCCCGAGGCCGACCAAGGCCAAGGACGUGGACGCCUCGGACUGGUACGACGCUCUCGCCGAGACACCGGCCGCAUGGGGAGGCCACGACCCAAACAGCCCCAUGUUCCAGUACAACAAGGAGGGCGAGUUGUUGCCUAGCCUGCGAUUCUCCAGAGAGCAGAUUUUCUCCUACAUGAAGGGACGCAAGGACCAGAGUCUCCCGCUGACGCUCUGGAUUCAGAACGUCCCCCACGGAUGCAAGACCCGCGUUGCGGAUGACAGGCUGCGCGCGUGUCGUUGGUCGGGAUGCCCGGCCUACAAGGGUACUAUCCUCAAAGGGUUCUGGCGAAUCUGCUUCGACGAGCGGCCCGCCACGUCGGGAAAGCAACACGACCCGUAUCACAACGCGGGUUACAUGCAUCUAUGGUGUCUGGACCGCUGCUUCGAUCUCUUCGAGAUCUCCCACGCGUUCGACCUGAAGCCUGACACGCGCUACUUUGAGAAGGAGGAGCGCAACCCCAUGGCAAUGACGCGUGACCACGACGAGCUGAUGAUGGAAUUUGAGAAAUGGCGCACUUCGCAGAAGACGGCCUACGAAAAAUGGCAGAAGACGUGCCAGGCGAACAAGAUGCUGGGCCUCCCAACCGAGAACCGGUUGGUCGAGAGGGAGGCCAAGCUGUGGCACGUCUUGACAGCGAAGCAUCUGGCCCUCGAGACGCCUGUGCGGAGCAACAUGCGAAGAAAGAGAAACGGCAUCUCCAUUGACAAGCACAAGGGUGAUCUCGAAUGGUAUGUCGAAAGGGUCAAUGAGAGGAAGGUUACAAAGAAGGGAGAGGUUGCCAACUACGACGAGGUUAACACCGAGGAUGAGGGCGUGCUUGAGACUCAAGUGAGCAGCAGGCUGCGCAGCGCGAGCAACACGAAAAGGAAGUUUGAGGACUGUGAGUUGCACGCUGAAGACGGCGGCUUUCGGCCUCAGUCAUGCCGGCACAGCAAACGUCUGCGACGUACUUGA